AUGUUUUUAAGAAAUUCCGUUUUAAGAAAUGCUCCAAUCUUGAAGAGAGGAAUUACAACAUUGACCCCAGUUAGCACCAAGUCGGCCCCACCUGCUGCCGCCUCCUAUUCUCAGGCUAUGAAGGCGAACAAUUUUGUGUAUGUGUCUGGUCAAAUUCCUUAUACCCCAGAGAACAAACCAGUCCAAGGUUCUAUUUCUGACAAGGCGGAACAAGUUUUCCAGAACGUCAAGAACAUCUUAGCUGAAAGUAACUCUUCUUUGGACAAUAUAGUCAAAGUCAACGUUUUCUUGGCAGAUAUGAAAAACUUUGGCGAAUUUAAUUCUGUGUACGCCAAAUACUUCCAUACCCAUAAGCCUGCAAGAUCCUGUGUCGGCGUUGCUUCCUUACCAUUGAACGUUGAUUUGGAAAUGGAAGUUAUUGCUGUUGAAAAGAGUUGA